UCAGUGAAAAAAUGUACUUGUUCGCACUGCGACUAUAAUUCCAGAAGGUAAAAUAAUGUGCUCAAUGACUAUAACUUAUUCAUCAUAAUGUUUUUCCAAUAGGAAACCUGGGGAGGAGAACAAGGACCGACAUGCCUGUGACCACACUGGUUGUGGAAAAACCUACAAUAAUAUAAGUGAUCUACGUCGUCACAUUGAAGCAAAACAUUCUGGAACAAAAUUCAUCUGCCCAGUCUGCAAUAUUGUUUUAGCCAACCAAACCAGCCUUCGUACACAUCAGCUACGUCAUCUGAAUAUCCUACCCAAGGGAGAGAAGAAAAUCAUGCAAGUCCUGGAUAGAGUGACCUUAAUAGUAUCAGACGACAAUAAGACUGCUUACCUUCGCGAGUCUACUAAGGAGGACAGGGAGGCAACAGGAGAGUUACAAGUGGAGCAGGUAUAUUGCAUUCCAGUGCGCUCAAAAGAAACAGGAGAAAUCGUGGGGUAUACUGGCAACUAUACCAAUCUCUUCAGUGUUAUCCACGCUAGCAGUAUGAUCAAUAACAAUUGUGACGCCGCCGCACUCAGGGAGGAUAUAAUAUGGUGUGAGGGUUGUACCUACAGGUUAUUUGGCGACGCUGAUCUCGAACUGUGCUGGCGAGAGGCAUUUCCCCUCCAAAUUUUCCUUCUCCGAAGGGUGAUGGCGGAGAAGGUGAAAGGCUGGAUCCGGAUCCGACUCGAGACUUUCGGGAACAGGACUAUUAUUGAUGCUAUUAAAGUUCUUAAGGAGGUGGAUCACCACUUGGAGGGUCGAGUUCAAGCUGCAGCAAGUCUAUUUAACCCAGAAACCUGCGACAAAAUUCUAAACAAACCUCGCCAUCAAAUUUUUGAAGGGGUGCCGUGUGUCUUACGGAAUAUUGUUAUUCCUAUUACAGAUCUUGUUAAGAAGUUUUAGUGUUAGUAAUUACAUAUUUUUUCCACCGGUAUCGGGUUUUCCCUCUGCUUCCCAAGCCAACUAGUUGUUAUUAUUCGUGCAUUGUUUUUGUUGAAUUUCUUGACAUAAUUAAAUUGUCUAGUAAAGAAUUAAUUUUUAUUCUUUUCAUCUAUAUUAAAAGUAUACGCAGAGUAUUCAUGAUUAAUCUAAGAGCUCAUCACUGCCAAAGUGCCAGCCCAGUUCGUCCAGAAAAGUGCCAUCACAUUGCAUCCCAUCUUCCAAAGUCACAAUCAGCCAUCAAUAAUGGUGGGUGAUGGGUGGUAAAAGAUCUCCAUGCAGCCAGCCAUGUGGGGUUUGCGAGCUUAACUCGGGGUGUGGUUCUCCAACCCACUGCGCCAAUAUUGGCAGACUUUAAACCUACAAAUUGAACCACCAGUUGUGGUUCUUAUGUAAUGCAAAACAUUACGUAACAUUACGACUUGCGAGAUUUACAGAUGCAAGUAUUUGACUGGAAUUGUGAGGAAUUAAGACGUCGUUUUUAUUAUUUGAGCGAAAGUUAACAAAUAGAUUAAUGAUAGAUUGAUUGCAUGAAAUGCAGUUCGAAAGUUUCCAUUUUAUCGGCUCAUUAAAUAAGGAAGAUGCAGUUCCACAAAAUGACAAAUCUAAA